CUUUUCGCUCGUGAACCUUUCAAAUUUUCCAACUCCAAUUAAUGCUACUUUGACAAAUUUUCCAACAUGGCAUCCUGCAAUUCAAAUUCCUGGAGUAUUAGUGCUAAUAUGGUCUUUAAAAUACGAGACACUUAGUGUCUUCAUAUUUAAUAACGAAAAAACUUCAACAACUACUUUUAAUAAAUUGCUAGCUGGUUAUAGUAUCGUGACUGGUACAAUUGCGGUCUCCUUGAUGUUAUUGGAUCUUGGAAAACUCUUUACAUCGAUUGCCAUAAUACAUAAUUAUUUUGAAGUUAUUAUUAUAAUACUUUUACAUCAAGGUGGAAUUCUUGCUACAAAUGAUAAUAUUAUUCAUUAUAGUAUCAUUUAUGUAUUAAUAGCCGGUGGUGCAACUAUUUUUCUUCCAUGGCCGUAUGAUGCUUUUUGGUUUAAAGCUCAAGGCCUUUCUCUUGAUUGGGCAUUUUGUAUCCAAUUUAUAAGACUAUACCUUACAACAAGACGAAAUUAUAAAAAAGAUGACACUAAUACCCCUGGUGAUGAAGGAGAAUCAGGACAUGACAAUAAACUGAAUCAUCAUACAAAGGAUAAACAUCUUCAUCAUGUACUUUUAUUACCUCUCGCUGCGCUUUUCCAUGUAUCGGGAAAUGUUUUAAAUGCUGUCUUUUUGAUUGAGGGACUUGC